AACUGCACGAUCCUCGGGGAGCUGGUGAGGCUGCAGGCCCAGAAGUCCUGCCUGCUGGGGUUCAGCACGCGUGCCGACUCCGUGCUGGAGAUGAACAUGGCCAAGACCAGCCAGGUGGUGGCCACUUUCCUAGAUGAGCUGGCCCAGAAGCUGAAGCCCCUCGGGAAGCAGGAGCCCGUGAUCCUGGAGCUAAAGAAGGCCGAGUGCCAGAGGCGGGGCCUGCACUCUGACGGGCCCAUCAACGCCUGGGACCUGCGCUACUACAUGAACCAGGGGGAGGAGACGCGCUACCACGAGGACCAGUACCUGCUCAAUGAGUCCUUCCCCAUGCAGGUGGUCAUGCGCGGGCUGCUGGGCAUCUCCCAGGAGCUGCUGGGGCUGACCUUCGACCUGGAGGAGGACGCCAACGUGUGUCACGAAGACGUGAGGCUCUACACGGUCCGGGACGCGGCCUCGGGCAAGGUCAUCAUCGGCAAGUUCUACCUGGACCUCUACCCUCGGGAAAGGAAGUCCGGGCACGCGGCCUGCUUCGGCCUGCAGCCGGGCUGCCUGCAGCAGGAUGGGAGCCGCCAGAUCGCCAUCGUGGCCAUGGUGGCCAAAUUCACCAAGCCCACGCCCGACCCGCCCUCCCUGCUGCAGCACGAUGAGCUGGAGACCUACUUCCACGAGUUCUGCCAAGCGAUGCACCAGCUCCGCUCCCAGGUGGGUGCGGGCGCGGGGCUGCGGGCAGGGGCCGGGGAGGGCCCGGGCGCGCGUGGUCCUCAGGCAGGCCCUCGCCACGGGAUUCUUCCGCUGAUGUCACCCCGCACGUGGCGACGCCCUCGGUGUCAGCUUCCAUCAUCAAAGCCCACGCACUGGGCGCGCGGCGAUGAGAACCAGAGGGAAGGCUCUGGGGCCAGGAGCGCCGUGCCCUGUGAGGCCCUGGGGCUGCUGCCAGUCUCAGUGGAGGCUCAGCAUGUCCCAGUGACUUCCCCAGGGCGGGUGGGGGCGGGAGGCGAGCUGAGCGUCUGGGCCCAGGACCCACUGCUCGUUCAGUCUUCCUGCGGUCAGCCCUUCGUCCUGAGAGCGAUGCUCUCACAGGCUGCACCGGAGCGCCCUGUGAUGAGAACCAGAGGGAAGGCUCUGGGGCCGGGGGCACCGCACCCUGUGAGGCCUUGGCGCUGCUGCCAGUCUCGGUGGGGCACGGGCAGCGCCGUCCCCCAGGGGCUGCGGGACAAGCUCAUCAAGUCCCGCCAGGCCAACCCAGGUCUCUUCAACCUGCGCCAGAUCGUCCUGGCAGAGGUGGACCAGGCCCUGCACACGCAGACGCCCGCGGACCCGGCCCAGGAGAAUGCCCGCCUCUGCCAGGAGAUCCUCGGGGGCCCAGCCAUGCCAGGGACCCACCUGCCUGCGACCUUCGGCCGCCUGGCAGGAAGAUACAACGCCCAGUCCUAUGGCUACCUGUGCAGCGAGGUGUACUCCGCGGACACGUUCCACACACGCCUCAAGCAGGAGGGCGUCCUGAGUGGCCAGGUUGCCAUGGACUACAGAAGCUGCAUUCUGAGGCCAGGUGGCUCCAAGGAUGCCAAGAGCAUGGUGAAGCUCUUCCUGGCUUGCGACCCCACGCAGGAUGCCUUCCUCCUGAGCAAAGGGCUGCAGGUUGAGGGCUGCAAGCCGCUGGCCUGCUGA